GGCCGUUCACUGAAUCAGCGGUGCGCAGAUGGAUAUACUUUUCAAUUCAUUACUUUUUCCAAUCAACGCAGAACGUUCUGUGCAUGCACUGUAAGUAAAUAUUAAGGGCAGCUGCUAUAUAUGGGAUUAUGAAAAUGACAGGAUAUUGUAAUGACUCACUUUGAUAGUCUGAAAAGGUUACGACGAUUUAUGGAUGUUCGUUUUCAUGUAUUCAUGCAUAUAGUGCCUAUAUUCAUUAUCAGCAGCUUAUGACAGGACGUCUGAACCUAGUAAUUUGUACAAGGGAGGUGACAUCUGUUCGAUAUUAAUUCAGGAUCAAUUUUGCACAUUUGUGUGUGUGUCAUGUCAUUAACCACGGAACGUUAUAAGGGCGAAGCAAGAGGAAGAAACUUUCAUUCAUAGAAGAGUAUUGAAGAAUAAAGUUUUUGGUAUUUUAAGAGAAAGCAAAGUCCAUCGACAUCGUCGUUUGUAAACUUCUGUAAGGGAAGUCCAUCAACCACUCCUUUAAAUACACACUCCCGUCAUCCCGAAACUAUAUAUAGCACAUGUACAGCAUUUGUUGUCAAUAACGAACGGCUCUGCAUUUAUUAUGCAAUAUUGUGGGACAACUACCACGGCGGCGGUAGUUUACAAUAUAUGUGCAGCUGACAACCACACUACCUCGAGUCCUAGACAUAUAUUUGCAAAAAGUCAACUCUUUAGUUCGUGGAAUCUGUAUAUAUGCUUUUUAUCCGUCCUACUCAACCUCUUAGGAAACCCACUUAUAAUCCUGGUUAUUUACAAAACAUCUGCAAUGCACAACUUCACUCAUUAUCUUUUUGUGAACUUGGCUGUGUCUGAUGUGCUGUUGGGGCUAUCGAGUAUCGUUUCCUUUGCAAUACGAGAAACGCUAAAAGAAGGCUCGGAGGCUUUUUCUUUAGAUUGGGUAUGUAAACUGGUCCAUACCUGCCCUAUUCCUGCUGUCAGUAUGACAGUUUCUAGUUUCACCUUAACAGUAAUCACGUGGGAACGGUGCUACCACAUUUCACAACCUUUUAAAGCGAGAGUCGCACAACGCAACACAAAGCUCGUAGUGGGGAUAAUUUGGGCAGUUGCGGUGGUAAUAUUGAUUCCAGUUUUAGUGUACACAAAAUUUGUCCGAGAAAAACAUUCAUGUGUGAUUGCUGUUCCGCAUUUGAAAGUUUAUGUGAUUUUUCUAACUUUCAUCGCAUUCGUCGGGCCACUAGGACUUAUGUUGUACUGCUAUUAUAAAACUGUGGUUAUGUUGUGGUUUUCAAAGACGGACCAAAUGCUGGGUAGCUUCCCAGCGAAUAGAACAGCACUUCGAAGGCAUCGAAAAACAGUCACAAAGUUUUUGGGUGUUGUAAUCAUCUCGUUUAUUGUAUGCUCCGUUCCGGUUGCUGUCAUGCUUGUGGCUAGGCGGUAUCUCACAGUUCCAAACACAUUAUUCUUCUCUACAGUAUUGUUGGGGAUGUUUAGCUCAAGUGUAAAUCCAGUUAUAUUUAUGGCUCAAAACCGACAGUUUCGAAACGGUUUAAAGAAUCUUGUGUUUGAGCAAAAUUCUUUGAUUAUAUCCAAUCCCAGAAGAGCUGGCAGUAAGAAUAUGGCAAACACUAUUGCGUAAUUUUUUAGUUUCCAGUGUACCACAUUGAACAUCGAUAUUGCCAUAUUGGCAUAAUUAUAUUACUUCAUGUAAUGUAUCUUUUCAAAUGUAAAACCUCAAUUAAGUUCACUGUUUUAAGUUAAAACUUGUAAAUAGAAAUAUGAAUAGCUUAUAUGUUCCAGGCUAAAUGAUAAUAACAUAAGUCUACCAGAUUUUAUUAAAGGCUGUUUUCCACUUACGCGUUUUUCAUACGCACGUAC